AUGCGCGUGAAACCCGAAUUGAUUUUGGCACAAACUCCUGCUUUGACCUGUUUUACGCCCAAAACUCGACGACCGUGACGUAUCUGCAACGAAGCGCCUACGAGCUUUUCUCGCGAGACGCGGAGUCGCGCGGUGUACGUUACACGCGCAGGUGCGCGAGCCCGUGGUCCGUCAUCUUCGACUUCGACAAGCGGAAUAAUUUUUAUUCCGACUACGUGCACAUGCUGGGCAAGGUGCGCGUCUACUCGCCCGAGGUCAUGAAGGUGGCCGCGGCGUGGCUCCGGAAGGCGGUCCGCAGAAUGUCCAAGUGCGUGAACGUGGCCUAG